AAUGAUUCUACCUCAAGAAGUUCUUGAAAAAGCUAAAUCAGAAUUGAAGAAUUGGAAUUCAACACACUUAAGUGUUUUAGAAAUGAGUCAUAGAUCACCAGAAUAUUUAUCUAUUCACAACAAAUUAAUAAGUGAUUUAAGACUUCUAUUUAAUAUUCCAAACAGCUAUCAAGUAAUGUUAAUGCAAGGUGGAGCAACUUUGUAAUAUUCUGCUAUUCCAUUAAAUUUAUUAAAAAACAAUCAAACUGCAGGAUAUAUAAUCACUGGUAAAUACAGUCAAUAAGCUUUUGAGGAAGCUAAAAAGUUUUGUGAUCCUAAAAUUAUUAAAAUAGAUGAAGCUCCUUUAAAAAAUAUUACUUACUUAUAUUAUGUUGAUAAUGAAAUGAAUGAAGGAAUUUAAAUAAAUUAGUUUCCCUAUUGUGAUAAUUAGACAAUCGUUUGUGAUAUGACAUCAAGUUUAGGAUCUAAAAUUAUAAAUAUUGAAAAUUAUGGAUGCAUUUUUGCAUCAUUAUAAUUCAAUUUGGGUAUUCCAGGUUUAUGUGUUGUAAUUAUUAAAGAUGAAUUAAUUGGAAAAAGUGAUAGAAUUAUUCCAUCUAUGGCUGACUAUUAAAUAAUGAGAAAAAAUAAUAGUAUUUAUAAUACAAUACCAUGUUAUAAUGUUUACAUAACAGGUUUGAUGAUACAACAUUUAAUUGAAAUUGGAUUAGAAGAGAUAUAAAAAUAAUAAUUAAAGAAAUCAAAAUUUUUAUAUGACUUUAUUGAUUAAAAUCAAUCGAAGUUUUUUUGUAAUUGCAAUGAUAUAAAUUACAGAAGUAAUAUUUCCAUUGUCUUCUAUUCUAAAAAUAAUAUUAACAUAACUAAUUUACAUUCAUCAGAAAUAUUGAUUAUUGACAAAAAUAAAAUCAUUAUUUAAGCCACUAUCCAUACAACAAUAUAAUAAUUAUAAUAAAUUUGUUAAUUUUUGUUAUUGUGA